ACAACGUUUCGGCCGUGGAGCCUUCUUCAGACACAACAAUGGUGAACAUAAGGAACACAGUGAGGUCUUUCUAUUUGGUCACCAUCACAACCUUUAUGUGCACCAUCUGUUUCUCAAGAAGUAAAGAAAAUGCGGCUAUGUGUUACAAUAGAAAUACUUCAGAACUUACCUUCAAUGCGACGUUAAAUACAUUGACUUUAAUUCUUAAAGAGACUUUCACUAGUCCAACAGUGACAUGCAAAUUCAAUGGAACAGACUGUUUCAUAGAUUGCACAAAAGUUUCUCAAAAAAUAAACUCAACAUUAGCCAACUGCAGCCAAAUGCAGAUAUCCAGUAAUCAGGGGAAUUCAUUUUUCACAGUGGCGUCUGAAAAUUGGAAUACGAGUUCUACUUGUAACAUUACUGUUUGCAAUGAAUCGGACAUAACUAAUACUCUAAACAGUCUCAAAAACAAUCCCAAUGUAUUGGAUGUAAUACAAAAGCUUCCAAUAUUGAAAAAAUCCUGCAACUUCACGGAAGAUUUGAACAACACAUACACGUACAAUGAAAUCCAGAAAAAGAUCAUACAGAAUGUAAUGAAUAUGGAUUUCAGUGGAAAUAAUAUUACUGUCACUACACCAGAAGUAGCAAUAGUUGUGUACAAGAUGAAGAUCACCAGCACAACACCACAAGAAAUUGAUAUUGCUAUGCCACAGGUCUCUACUACGAAAAAAGCUUACACACCAGAAAUACGGUUUCCCCUGGAAGCACUUUCUAAAAACAACAAUAAUACAGAAAAAAGAGUUGCGGUGGCAUGUUUUGAAUCAGCAGAUCAGUUCAAGACUGCAGCUGGUGAGGAAGUGAGGAGCAUGGUCAUACAAAUAGAAGUGGUUGGUGAAACUAUUUCUGGACUGAAAAACCCACUUACAUUGAAUUUCCCUCUCUACAACAAAACUGAUGCAAAUUACACAGAAACAUGUAAAUUCUACAAUUCAGAGUCAGUAUGGAGCACUGAUGGAUGUAAUACCAAUAAAACAAACACUACCGUCAUUUGUACCUGCAACCACAUGACACCAUUUGCAGUCCUCAUGGUCCCUGUGGGUAAAAUCAGUGAGCCAGACUGGCAGAUUCUGUCAGUUCUCAGCUACAUCGGUUGUGGGCUGUCAGCAGGGUUUACUGCUAUUUCAGUCUUAACUUACUUCAUACUCAGGAGCCCUAAACGAGAUCACUCCUACACCAUCCACGUGUGUCUGAGCGCUGCGCUGUACAUGCUAAACAUGACCUUCCUUCUGAACGAGUGGCUAACCAGCAAGGCAAUGAGCACGCUCUGCACUUUCAUUGCUGUCUUCAUGCACUACUCCCUGCUCUCCUGCUUCACCUGGAUGGCCAUCGAGGCAGUGCACCUGUACCUGCUCAUGAUCAAAGUCUUCAACACGUACAUUCGGCACUACAUCUCCAAGCUGUCUGUGGCCGGAUGGGGGAUCCCUGCAGUUAUAGUUGGAAUAUCAAUGGCUCUUAAUGGGAAAUAUGAGAUCUAUGGUGUCCUUAGCACUUCAUUAAUAACCAGUAAUGCAUCAGCAUCGAGUCAGUCAAAACAUCAAGUGUGCUGGAUUAUGAACCAGAACUUCCUGUACGGAGUUAACAUUGCCUACUUCGGAAUCAUAUUCCUGUUCAACAUGGGGAUCCUGAUCACAGUGGCUGUCAAGAUUGGCCAGCUGCGCAGGUUUGGCAAAUCUUCAGACAAGGGUGUUCUCUGGAAAGACAUGUGCACUGUGACAGGCCUGACCUGUCUGCUGGGGACCACCUGGGGCCUGGCUUUCUUCGGGCACGGCGUGUUCACUACGCCUGUGUUGUACAUGUUCACCAUCUUCAACUCUUUGCAAGGCUUUUUUAUAUUCCUCUGGACUUGUGCCUCCUCAUCAAAGGGGGUAAAAACCAAUGACUUUAAGACUAAAAGCUCCUACGCAGGCUGUGAAACAAGCUCCAUUGCUAAACCAAAGGAGGUUCUGUUCCCUGAGUUGAACAGUGACCCAUACAAAUAGCAAAACAUGGCGCUUUUCAAAGAAUGUUCGUCAUUGAGACCAAUGACCAAUGUUAACCCAACAUUAUGUAUAUGUUACACCUCAAAGGACUGACCAGGAACAGGAAGCAUUUUCUGUACAUUCACAUUUAAAACCCCAUCAAGCAGAAGUUGCUGAGAAGUAGAUAACACAUACAGUAAUUGCUUCUGUUGCACGUAGCCACAUGAAUAUACUUUGCAUAUGCCCACUACAUUCUAAAUUGAUGUACUGUAGAUUAUUGAUGUAGCUUUCUGUUUGAUGUUCACCUCGAAUUUGUGACUGAGUCCUGUAUGUAGAAGUAAAAAUAACACACCUGUCCCUUAAUCAUUAUGGAAUAAUUUCUAAAGCUAUAGUUAAUUCUGAGUCCCAUGCUAGUUCUUAAAAUACCAUGGAAAUACCAUGGAAAGCAAAGCAUAACGUUCUGAUCGGAACAUAUUACAUUUUUUCAAUAAUAAAUGUCAAAUUGUCUACUUUUAUAAGCUUUUCUUAGUAAUAAUGGAUCGCACUUUAUUUUAAUCUACACCUAUAAUACAGUGUUGUCACAAUUAUUAACACUCUGCAAAAUAGGCCAGAGGCCUAAAAUGUUGUAACAAGAACCAACACUUCACAUCUUACCAAGAAAUUGAAUUCUGGUUUUGAUUCAAUUUAACACUUAUUCUUUUUUGGAUUGUUUCUGAAGUCUUGUUUUUCUAUAAUACUGUACAUGCAUUAUGUAAUUAAACACUUGAAACCCUGCUUUUUAAGCUACUAGAUAUAAAUCCUGUUGUAGGCAAAUGUAACUUCUGAACUUAAAAAAUCUUUGGAAUGUUGAUUUUGAACAUAGACAAUCUGUAGGAAUAUGUAAUAUGUUACUGUUGUUGUUUAGUUGAGUUGUUAUUAAAGAA